GGAGAACUGGCUGACCUGAUUCUGCUGCUUCUUAGCCAACACGAAGUAAACAGAAAAGAAAUCAAGACAAUGAAGGAGAAACACAGAAAAGAGAUGGAAAACCUUAAAAAAGAACUUUCUACUGAAAACCAAAGGAAACAUAAGGAGGAAAUUGGUAAAUUAAAGAACAAAAACAAAAAAGAAAUGAAAGCACUGGUCAAGGAGUGUUCCACCCAAGACAAAGAUCAGGAGAAAAAAAGCCUGACCAUCAAACAUGAACAAGAAAUGGAGAAGUUGGAACGUGAACUUAUGGACCAACAGCAACAAGCUGAGAAGGAAGAACUGGGUAAAUUACAGAAAAAGCAAGAGGAAGAACUGAUGGAAUUCAAACAGAAACUUCUGGAAGAAAACCAAAAAAAUGAAAAUGAGAAAAUGGAGGAACUGCGGAGGAAACAUGAAGAAGAGAUGAAUGAGUUCAUACAACAACAUAAGACACAAGAAGAUGAAUAUGACAAAGAAGAACUGGAGGAACUGCAGCGAAAACAUGAUAAAGAAAUGAAUGAGCUGAGAGAAAAACUUUUGACCCCAGAGGAGAAAACAAACUGUUUCAUUUCAUGAGCAAGCCAGGCCCCAGC